CCCUUCCUCCAGCUCCAACGGGUCGAUCUGCUGCCUGCCCUCUAAAAAACUAAAGACUUCAAAAGGCACCCUCCCUCCCCUCCCCUCCCCUGCUCUGCUCAAAUGGCGGAUUCACACUCAAAAAUACCAAUCGAGAUUGUGAGCGAAGAGGAGAUGGCUCUUCUCGACGCCGCCUUGUCCGCCGCGACGGCUUCUCUCCCUUCUUCCCCGCCACCCUCGACUCCGCCCGCCGCCUCGCUUCUCUUCUCUCCCCCCUCUUCUUCGCCACCAUUCCACGGCAGCACCAAGGCCGCCAGGUCUGUUGAGUCCAUCGCUCGCCUCUGCAAGAGGCGGCUCGUCAUGGGUUGUGAGGAGGCUGAUAUAGAGGAUUCGGGUCGUUUUUUCAGUGCCCAGAAGAGGGCCAGGGCGGAUACGAACGAGUCGCUGUUGCGUAGAUUUCGAAAGAAGAAUGGUUUAGCUGUCAGUGACAUCGCUGCAACGGAAUGGUGUGAAAAACAAAUGGAAUUUGUUCUCCAGCUUGGCAGGUCAGAAAAAACUAGGGCAAUGAAAGCAGGUAGUGCUCGGCAUAUGAAGCUUGAAGAAGAGGUUGUAAAGAAGGUAAAGAUUUGUGUUGAAUCAGUUGAAGAUGAUUGGGCUGUCAUGUUUGUGAAUUUUAUGGUUGGUGCUAAUCAAUUAUUGGUUGAAGGAUUGACGCGAGAGCUACCCCUAAUAGGCUUUGUGGAAGGUGUAUGGAUGGUUGGAAUGAUAGAUGAAAUCCGCAUGCCUCCAUUAACUGAAACUGAUAGAAACCCAACAUUGGUAGAAACGAAAACUCGAGAGAAAGCCACACUGCCUGCUGAAGCACAAUGGAGAAAUGGAAGGUUUCAGUUAAUGUGCUACAAGCUUUUGUGGGACAACAUAGUUGCUGUUGAGUUCCCCUCCAAACAAUUUUUCAAUUUCUUCGAUUUGAAUCCCCAUUAUAUUCUAUCUGAAGAAAUCAGGAGGAGUGCUGCUAAAUCAGGUUUUACUGCAGAGACCCUCGAUGAUUUAGUGAGGUGCUUCAGAGAGAAAUGUUGCACGCUGCCCGCAGCUCACAACCAUCUACUGUUGAGGUACGAAUUCCAGGAUAAUAAUUCAUUGCUUUGUGAAGAUAAAUUUGGGUAUGAACCUGAUUGGCUCAAAAGCCAGCUUAAAUUCUGUCUCGAGUUCUGGUCGGGAGAACGAGCAGCAAUGUGUGCUCCAGAGGAAGAGCGUUGGAAGUGUCGCUACUGUCAAUUUGCUUCUAUUUGUCCUACAAAUACCAAAAGAGAUAAUACGACAUUAAGCUAGAAAGAAUUAUGAAUAUUAUUUUAUGUUAGUUCCCAGUGCUUCAUUCCCCCAAUGCUGAUAUUUGUCAAAUGAUGUCUCCCCCCUAAGCAAAAAUAUUGUCCAAGUUUCUUCGUGAAGAAUGUUGACUAACUUUAUUCAGGGAUGUGCUGGUGUUAUGUGCAUGUCGUUGAUUUUUAAUCAAGUGAUUAUAUGCAA